GGCUCUUCCUCUUUCCCAGCCUUCUUCCUCCUCUUCCAUCCCUUCUUCCUCUUUUUCCUUCCUCCUUCGACCUUUUUCUUGUUGUUUCUCUCUCCCCUUUCUUCAUCUUCCUCUUUCCCCUUCCAGAUCUAGGUGGGUUCUCCCUUGAGAACUCAGAUCUAGGUUCUCUCUCUAAGAAAGAACCCAAUUUUCAGUUCUAAGAAAACCAUUCUCCAUGAGAGCCAUGGAUCGAUGAUGGACAUAAUCGAUUAAGCCAAGAAUUACAAAGAUUUGAGCCCUUCGACAUUAAUUGCAGGAACCCAGAUCUGGGUUGUUUCCAUACAGGCGAAGUUUUUUUGCUUUCUUUUUCUUUUUUGGUGUGUGUUUGGUUGCCAUGAAAGAUUGGUUCUUUGGGUAUUCACAGAUUCUUAGGAAACAGAAUUACAAACAAUGAAUGGCGUAGGAAUUCUUUGACCUUGGUGAUGAAUUGGAAGGCAGCGUCGUGGUGGAGGAGAGAAUCGAAGGAGGGGAUCCGAGUGGAGUCUUGCUGGACAGGGCAAAUGCAGAGGGAAUCGGGUUUGAGAAAGUUUGGGUCUGUGCUUCUUGGGGAUUUUAGUGAUGAGAAAGGAGGUGGAAAAAGGAAGGUGUUUUGGGAAGUUAGGGUUAGAUUUGGGUUGGAGCAGAUCAGGAGGAGAGAAGGGUCGAGAUUAUCAGAUAGAAGGAUGUUGGACAACACCGGUGACCGUGGGUGGUGCCGAUGUGAUGUAGGUAAUUUAUGUGUGAAACCUAGAUUUGAGUUUAAGAAAAACCCAGAUCUGGGUUUGAGAGAAGACCUGGAUUUCGGAUGGCCGCAAAAGGCACACCAAGAUCGCAUCACUCAUGCUCUCCGCUUGCUGAGUGAACCAUUCAUCGGUGCCGAGGAAGAAGCCUGGGAAAGAAGAAGGGGCGAAUGGAUGAGAGAGACGAAGGGAGGAAGAAGAAGAUGAAUAAUCUAAUAUUAAAUUAUGUGGGUUUUU